AUGUUUACGUACACCUUUCAGAGAGCCUACAAUGAGAGGAACGAUGUGUACCAUUUUGUGCCACAAGUUCUGGCAUUGCCAUUCCUUCCACCAGAACACAUUGAGGACACCUUCCAUCAACUGGAUGCGCGAGCUCCAAGAGCCCUGGUACCUGUCAUGGACUAUGUCUACAGGACUUGGAUCACCAGCACGGUAUUCAAGAUUGACUCCUGGAGCAUAUUCAUGACAGCUAUCAGGACAAACAAUGAUGUAGAAGGUUGGCAUAACCGCCUUAAUAGUGCCGUGGCAGUGAGAGGACCAGUGCCCUUUUACAGCCUUAUUCAAGAACUCUACAGAGAGUCCAAGGACAUUCCCCUGCAACUGAGGCUGGUGACUGAGGGAAAGCUGCAACGUUACCAGAGAAAACAAUCCAGACAUGUCCAGGGGAAAGUUUUCAAAUUUUGGAACAAGUACUGUGAAAGAGAGAUCAGUGCUAGUCGAUUGCUCAAAGAGUGUGCAGCCAUCUAUGGACCUCCUGUCCAGUGA